GGUAAUGUGUAUAAUGGAAAUGUCAACAACAAGCAACGAAGUAAAGCUUUCUUUGUGUCUAAGAAAUGGUCAGCAAGUUGAAUUCGUGAAACAAUGUUGCGCUUCAAGUGGCAAUGUCGACUUUGGGACAUUACACGAAGCUCUGUGUUCUGUACAACAAGAAUCAAAUGAAUUUUUAACAACCAUCGUUGAAGAAGAAAAGGCUUUUAAUGCAAAAUCAAAUGGAACUGUUGGAGAAGAGGAAGAAGACGAUGAAGACGAAGAGGAAGAUGAAGAUGACCGGAGUGGUGAUGCUUCAUUAAAUGGACCUGUGGAAAAGAAACAGAAAAUAUUAAGCUGAAUGAUAUUAAUGGUUUUAGAUCUCAUUUUCUAUUGAUGAUAUGGCUCACUGAGAUUAUCACCAGAAACAUUAAAACCAGCAGUGACAUGGAGAUGGUAUCUAAUCCCAGUCAAGGUGGGAUGACAUGGAAUUUUAUCUCUCUGAAGCUCUGUGGCAGCGAAUUUGAAAGCAUUUGUCCAGUUCUGAUGGAAAACAAACCAUUUUUCAGUAGGUCUCACGACAAAGAAGUCCACAUUGAUGCUGUGUUCAACUUCAUGUCUAUAAUACUUACAUUAAUUACAAGGAUUUUUGCUAAUACUGAAAACUGAAUAUUACUUACCAAUGAAUUAUGUAACAUUUCAUUUCUAAUCACUUUUGACUUACCAACCUAUAUUAUGAUGUAAAUCCUUAUUUAGUUCACCAUCAUGGACGGUUUAAAUUCGUCUAUACCUGUUCAUCACCUGUCCUUAAAGUCUUUUAUUGAUGUUUGCUGAGGAGCACUAAAUGGGACUUCCUCAAACUCCAAAUAAAGAUUCCUCUGGUUUCCCAUUAGUGCCCUAUAAUAUUUGGUACUUGGAUGGUUUUUUUAAAUUAUACUUUUUAGCCCACUAUCAUCAGAUGGUAGGCUAUUCAAAUCACCCUACCCCUGUGGUCUGUGGUCCAUCUGUCCGUCUAUCCAUCUGUAAACAAUAUUUGUUAUCAUUAUUUCUGGAGAAUUCCUGGAUGGAAUUUUCUUAAAUUUCAUAUGUAGGUUCCCCUUGGUCCCUUGAUCUGCCUGAUGGAUUUUGGGACUGAUCAGGAAAAAACUAAAUGGCUUUCAGGUAUCCAUCUUGGAUUUGACAGGUAAAGAUUAUCAUUGCAAAAUUUUGAAAAGGAAUGUGCAAAUGUCAUAUCAUUAAGAGCAAAAACAAAGAUCAAACAAUGGGGGGCACCAAGAUCCCUCUAGGAUCUCAUGUUAGAAUUACGAGACCGUAAGUAGACUUGUUAAAAUGUGUGAAAGGAUUGGGUCAGGGUGGCUUUCCAUAGAAACAAGUGAAUUGUUUUAGCCUUUUUGACACUCCAUAUAUAGUUAUAUAUAAUUUGUACUGAAAAAUAAAUGACUGAAAUGCA